UCUUCUGUGUUGUACAUGUUAUAAACUAAUUCGAUUAGGGCAGACUAGUCACAGUAGAAAAAGACGCAGAAAAGCGCCCUCUCACUCGUUCAGCUGCACCAAUCGUCGCCAACCUAUUGUGGCCGUCUGUCUUUCUUUCCUCUUUCCUCCCUUCCCUCUCAAAUUUCACCGCUACCGCCACAGCAACCACCACCGGUGCAUAUGAUAUGAAAGCCUCCUCGUCUUCUUCGCCCUUUUAUUUUUCCUUCGUCUCCUGAAUCUCUGCCACCCACUUGCUGUUUAGUGAAGAGUCUUCAAAGAAAGAAUUUUGGGUGCGGGAAGUUAGUGGGAUACUAGCAAAAGAUGCAGUCUUGUAGUGGAGCUGCUGUAGUUAUGGGGUCACUUCAACAGCCCAUUUGGAUUAAGGGAUCAGCUUUUCCCUGUAAAGGGUUUGGUAUCAGUGGAAAUCAGAAUUAUGUUAAACUAAUUUCGGUUGGCGCAUGUAGAGCAUCUCAGCUGGGAGGCAGUUUGGUCACCGGGAGACCUCCAUCUUCUGUUUCUGUUCCUGUGCCUGAAAUUGGAGGUAGUGGAAGCAGCUUUGAAGACUUCAAUUUGAGUGAGUCUGAUCCUGAAGUUCAGUCUAUCAUAGACAAGGAAAAGGAAAGGCAGUUUAAAAGCUUAGAGCUUAUUGCCUCAGAGAAUUUUACAUCUCGAGCAGUAAUGGAAGCUGUUGGUUCUUGCCUGACGAACAAAUACUCUGAAGGAUUGCCUGGUAAAAGAUACUAUGGUGGAAAUGAAUACAUUGAUGAGCUGGAAACUCUUUGUCAACAAAGGGCUUUAGAAGCAUUUCAUUUAGAUGGGAAAAUAUGGGGUGUAAAUGUCCAGCCACUGUCCGGUUCCCCUGCUAAUUUUGAGGUUUACACAGCCAUUCUCAAUCCUCAUGACCGGAUAAUGGGGCUGGAUUUACCUCAUGGAGGACACUUGUCCCAUGGGUUCAUGACUCCAAAAAGACGUGUAUCAGGCACAUCAAUUUACUUUGAGUCUAUGCCAUAUCGGCUUGAUGAGUCCACAGGCCUUGUAAAUUAUGAGAUGCUUGAGAAAACAGCUAUUCUUUUUAGGCCAAAACUUAUUAUUGCUGGUGCAAGUGCAUACCCUCGUGAUUUUGAUUAUCCUCGCAUGAGAAAGAUUGCAGAUGCUGUUGGUGCUUUCCUCAUGGCGGAUAUGGCACACAUCAGUGGACUUGUAGCUGCUUCUGUGGUUGCCAAUCCUUUUGAAUACUGUGAUAUUGUAACAACAACAACACACAAGUCUUUGAGAGGGCCCAGAGGGGGAAUGAUCUUCUUCAAGAAGGAUCCUAUCCUUGGUGUUGACUUAGAAUCAGCCAUCAAUAAUGCUGUCUUCCCAGGGUUACAGGGUGGUCCUCAUAACCACACAAUUGGGGGACUGGCUGUCUGCUUGAAGCAUGCUCAAUCACCAGAGUUUAAGAAUUAUCAGAACAAGGUUGUUUCAAAUUGCAAAGCUCUUGCAGAACGUUUGUUUGAGUUGGGUUAUAAUUUGGUCUCUGGAGGAAGUGACAACCACUUGGUUCUUGUGGAUCUCAGGCCAUUGGGCAUUGAUGGUGCUAGAGUGGAGAAAAUCCUUGAUAUGGCAUCUAUCACUUUAAAUAAGAAUUCAGUACCUGGGGAUAAAAGUGCUUUAGUGCCUGGUGGUAUUCGUAUUGGCACUCCUGCAAUGACUACCAGAGGUUUUACAGAGAAGGAAUUUGUAUCAGUUGCAGACUUCAUUCAUGAGGGUGUGCAAAUUACUCUGGAAGCAAAACAGGCUUCUCCAGGUUCUAAGCUUCAAGAUUUCAUGAAAUUCGUUACAUCCAAAGAUUUCCCUUUGGCGCAUCGAAUAUCAGAUUUAAGAGGGAGAGUUGAAGCUCUCACAACCAAGUUCCCACUCCCUGGUUUAUGAGCUAAUGAAACUUCAGAAUUACAUUUUGGUAAGACCACUAGAAUUGAAAUUAGUCAUGGAACUUUGAUAAUAUGGGUGCAUGCAUGUCAGCAAUUUAGGAAUAUUGAGUGUGGAAAUUGUCACAGAAUUGAUUUAUAUUCUUUGGCAACCAAUAGCUACUCGAGAGAUUCUGAUGUGGUCUUCUCCUCUACAUUUCGACUGCCUGUAUCAAUGUUCACAGUGCCAAAAAUAUGCUAGUAAUUUUCCCUUAUGCUGAGGGGCUACCAAAUGGGGGUCAAGAGUUGAUCCUUUUCAGUCGUC